CGGCCGCCGGUUGCUGCAAUUUGGUAUUUAAUGGCGAAGCGAGCCUUCUGUAACCAUAAAUAAGAUCCAUCUUUAUUUCGCUUUAGCAGAAGGUCAUUCACGUACGUCGAAGCAAAAGGCCUAAUCUGAACACUGUGUUACCUUUUCGAGAUGACCAUCCCACCACCUUGGAGGUUCUUCCCCCCUUGUACAUUCGUAAACUAUCUUGCUUUUCGCAUCUAUAAGAAGAGGCAAGGCAGCCCCACGCCAUCUUACUAAGUAGUACAGCAUCCGAAGCUUCCCUUGUUUCGAGUCUCAAGUGGACAUGCAGUACUCCAAGCUUUCUGGUGGAGAGCAAGAGCCACGCCUGAUCCACUCUAAGCUGACACAACGGAAGGAUGAAGCGCUUCUAAGGGUGUCAUCGGACGCGUCGAUCAUGAACACCAACAAGAUCGUGGAGGAGCUGAAGGAGCAGGCGAACGGUAGCGACGUGCAGAGCGUGGAGUGCGAGUGCUGCGGGAUCUCCGAGGACUGCACUCCGAGGUACAUCAAACGGAUCAAGGAGUUCUUCCACGGCAUAUGGAUCUGCGGGCUGUGCUCGGAGGCGGUCAAGGAGCAGAUGAAGCGGACGCCGGCGGUCACAAAGGAACAAGCCCUGGAGACGCACAUGUCCCUCUGCAAGAAGUUCAACCGGACCACCCGGCUCAACCCCAAGCUCUCCCUGGCCGUCUCCAUGAGGGAUAUAGCGAGGAAGAGCUCCGAGCGCAGGACCAUCACGGACGUGCCGGGGUCCAAGAUCGUGAGGGCGAUGAGCUGCGGUCCCAGAUUGGAUGUCAACAUCAAGCAGUCGCAGGUCCAGUGAUCGAUAUUUCCACGUCUCAUCUGCUUCCCUUACGUUGAGAGAUCGGUGAUGCGUUUCAUUGCGUGUGGGAAGUGGAUGAGUACUGUAAUAUACUACGGUAGUAGGUGUGUUUCUUAAUACCAUGUGUGCAGUCGGCGGUGUUUGUUGUGUCACAGCAGUUUGCACGCCAAGUCUGCGGGCAUGUAUCAGCAGAUGCUUCCUUAGUGCAGCUUCUAAUUGUACUAAGUUGAUGGAUUAAUGCA